AUGUGUCUACUGUCUCCUGAAAAAUCGAAAGAUAAAGAGGAGUCUGAUGAGAUGUCUAGUGAUCUAGCUGACAAAGAAGAAAACCUUAUAGAGAAAAAGGAUCAAUCUACUAACAUAGUGAAUAUUGAGGAUCUGAACUCUGAUGAUAUUCCCAUUAGUCAAAGACUGGCUCCAGGAAUAGCUAAAAGGUUGAAGAACAUAAAAGGUCAAGCUAUUGAAUCCUCUAACAUGCCCUCUAAAUCUCUUAGGAGAAGAACAAGUGUUGGCCCUACAAAAAAAUGGAGCAAGGUUGUUACUCAUGUUUCCAAGAAGAAAUCUCUUAAGAGGAAGGAAGUUCCUUCCGAGUCUAGUGAAUUUGUCCAUGAUGUCGAACACAAUGUUCAGGACAUCGUUUCUACUGCCAGAAAGCAAGCUUUUAGGAAGAAGAUUCCAACAAAUAUUUCCGAAGUUCCAAUUGAUAACAUUUCCUUUCACUCAGUGGAGAAUAGGAGCAAGGAGUUUAGAAAAGUGUAUGUCAGAGGAAAAUGUGUGGAUUUUUCUCCUGAAAUCAUAAAUAGGUUUUUGGGAAGAAAUGAAGAAGAACAAGUUGAAGUGGAAGUCUCUGACAAUGUUAUCUACAUAGAUAUUACUGCUAAACAAGUAAAGGAAUGGCCAAAGAAAGGGAAGAUGUCAGCAAGUGAUUUGAGUGUGAAGUAUGUUGUACUUCAUAGAAUUGGAGAUGCUAAUUGGGUGCCAAUUAAUCAUACUUCUAACAUUACUACAGGAUUGGGUAAGUUUAUUUAUAUUGUAGGGACCAAGUCAAGUUUUGAUUUUGGAUCAUAUGUCUUUGAUCAAACCAUGAAGCAUGUUGUCUCUUAUGCUAUGAAGAUGCCAAUAGCCUUUCCCUUAUUGAUCUGUGGUGUUAUAGUGAGUCAACACCCAAGUAUUUUGAUCAGUUCUAAUAGUAUAUGCAAAAGAAACCCUUCUUUAUCAUUACAUUAUAGACUAUUCACUAGGAAAUAUGUUCCAUACAUUGUCAUGACAUCUGGCCAAACAUCUUCCAGGCAUACUACUAGAAUAGGUGUCCUUGCUGAGCUAAAAGAUACAUGCAAGACCUUGGAUGAAACUAUUAAAACUUGUACUAAGAGGAAGAGAAGGCUUGGAAUUUUGAUAAAGGCCUUGUAUGAAGAAGAAGGAAAUUUGAAAGGUGAUGGAACAUGUGAAAAAGAUGCAAAUGAAGAAGGCACUGAUGCAACUGAUGAUGAAGAAACUACCAACAGUGAUGUGGACUGA